UUUCUGGUUCACUAUGGAAACACGUAUGUUCUAGAAUCUUCAUCGCAUUCUUGCUCAAUCCACACACACACACACACACUAAAGUCAAAGGUCCCUUGAUAUCCUAAUCACACACCCCACAAUGGAGCAUCUUAUGAUCUUAGCAAGAUUUUGGAGGUGUAUAUCUAGCAAUUUGUGGGUUGCAAAUAGCAUUGUCCCAGUCGGUUAAAGCUCACUAUCCUACUCACACACACACACACACACUGUGUGAAACAUAAUUUCCAAGAAUCAAGAAAAGGGCAAAAAUGUCUGGACCUCAGUGCUGUGAGAAUCCACCAACUCUAGACCCAAGCUGUGGAAGUGGGCAGCUUCAACAAUUUGGAGGCCUUACCUCCUAUAUCUCUGGCCCUUCUGAUUCAAAGGCUGCUGUCAUUUUGAUCUCUGAUGUUUUUGGUUUUGAUGCUCCAAAUCUGAGGAAGCUCGCUGACAAGGUCGCAGCUGCAGGCUUCUAUGCUGUGGUGCCAGAUUUCCUCCAUGGAGAUCCAUACAUACCUGAGCAGAAGCCUAUAACCGAUUGGAUCAAAGAUCAUGGCCCCGAUCAAGCUUUUGAAAACGCAAAGCCAGUUAUUGAAGCUCUCAAGAGCAAAGGCAUAACCAAGAUUGGAGCUGCAGGAUUCUGUUGGGGAGCAAAGGUUGUUGUGGAACUGGCCAAGUAUGCUUAUAUCCAUGCCGGUGUGAUGCUACAUCCUUCAUUUGUGACCUUAGAAGAUAUACAAGGAGUUAAGGUUCCUUUGUCUAUACUUGGAGCUGAGAUUGACAAAAUGUCGCCACCGGAGCUCGUCAAACAGUUUGAAGCCGCCUUAAACGCAAAGCCCGAGGUAACGGAUUCCACUUAUUAUGAAAUGAGACUUGGAGCCAGCAUUGACAACAUACAUAGGCUCUCUCUCUCUCUCUCUCUCACUCACUCUCUCAUUGUGUUAUGUUUGAUGAUGCAGAUUGAUUGCUUUGUGAAGAUAUUUCCUGGGGUUUCACAUGGAUGGUCUGUGAGGUACAAAGAUGAAGAUGAAAGUGAGGUCAAGUGUGCUCAAGAGGCUCAUCAAGACAUGUUGGAUUGGUUUGCUAAGUAUCUCAACUGAAUCUAUUUGCCAACAUGAUAAUGUAGCUUUUAAAUUAAAAAAAAACUUGCAGGAUUUCUGAAUAAUAUGUAGGGAUGUUGCUAUUAUUGUAUCUUGAUUAUUGGAGAAGUAAUGGGAUUUUUGUGGAGGAUUA